AUGCGCAUCGUCCAAAACAUCGCCUGCCGCGCGGUCAGCGGGCAAGGAUACGCAGCCAUGCGACCGUGUGCCCAGAUCGACAGCGACGGCGUCCUGCCUAAGUUCUUGAUCGAAAGUUCCUGGCCCGAGUGCGAGGCCUAUUUCACAGGCAGAAGUCCAGACCAGCAGGUCCUGGUCAAGGCAGAGUACUAUGGCCUCCCGAUAGAGAUCAACGUCGCAAUCUCCAUCGUCAGCGGGGCGUCGGCCUUCGUCGCGCUCUUUCUGCACGCCAUGGGCGUAGAAUUAUAUCUCCACCUGACCUCAGGGGAGUCAGAACGUCUGCGUCAGGCAUCUUACCACAGGCAGUCGGCGUCCGGCCAGAGACACUCCCCGCGCGCUGGCUCAGAUGUUGAUAAUUUCGAAGAUUCUGCCAAGAUGCCUCCCCAUGGCCAUGGCAAAGCAGAAAUCGGCGGCGAUGCCGCCUCGGAGACUUCGUUUGAGGCGGCAACUCGGAGAUGA